AUGGAAAAACUAUCGCAAAGCAUACCAGAUAAAUCCAGUAGCCAUAGUGCUACAUCCACAGCAAGCACGAUCGUAGGUGUUCACUAUCAAGUGGGCAAGAAAGUCGGUGAAGGCAGCUUUGGUGUCAUCUACGAGGGUGUUAAUCUACUGAACAACCAACCAGUGGCCAUCAAGUUCGAGCCUCGAAAGAGCGAUGUGCCUCAGCUACGAGAUGAGCAUAGAUCAUAUAAAAUCAUGGCAGGAUCUCCCGGUGUUCCGAAUGCAUAUUAUUUUGGCCAUGAAGGACUUCACAAUGUGCUCGUUAUCGAUUUGCUAGGCCCAAGUUUGGAAGAUCUAUUCGACAUGUGCAACCGCAAACUAUCUAUCAAAACUGUUGCAAUGGUGGCAAAACAAAUGAUCUCUCGUGUUCAAAGCGUCCACGAACGUAAUUUGAUUUACAGAGACAUCAAACCUGACAACUUCUUGAUUGGACGACCGGGAACAAAAUACGCAAACAUGGUCUUUUUGGUCGACUAUGGCAUGGCCAAAUCCUACCGUGAUCCAAAGACAAAAAAGCAUAUUCCUUACAGGGAGCGCAGGAGCUUGUCAGGAACUGCAAGAUACAUGAGUAUCAAUACUCAUUUGGGAAGAGAGCAAUCAAGACGUGAUGAUUUAGAAGCUCUGGGCCAUGUUUUCAUGUACUUUUUGAGAGGCUCCUUACCGUGGCAGGGAUUGAAAGCAGCAACCAACAAGCAAAAGUAUGAAAAGAUUGGAGAGAAAAAGCAAACAACAGCAGUGAAAGACCUUUGUGGAGGUUUUCCAGAGGAAUUUGGCAUCUAUCUUCAAUACGUCAGAAAAUUAGGCUUUGAGGAAACUCCAGACUAUGACUUCUUGAGAGAGCUCUUUGACAAGGUUUUAGAACGUCAAAAUGAACAAGAUGAUGGCGUAUACGACUGGAUGUUGCUGAACGAAGGAAAAGGAUGGGAGAAUCGAUUCAAACAAUUGAAGGAAGCUCGUGCUAGAAGAUCAGGACAUCAUCACCAAUCUCAACCAAAACAUCAAAACAGUAGAAGAACAAGAACACCCACUGCUCACGAUCGCAGCAAACCUACCGCGAUUCAAGCAAACAACAAUGAUAUGCCAUCUGUACCUGCUUAUGUGCCCCUCAAUGACCCCAAAAAAUCCAAUGCGAAUGAACGAAAGGAAAAGCAUGGUUUUUGGAAAAAUGUUGUUGGUUUUUUAACUUGUACAGGAAGCCACCAUGAUUAG